CGAGUUUAUAACUUUAUAUGUUUCCAGUUUUGUUUUCAUACAAAAUAUUAGAGUAUUUAUUUGAAAAUCCGCUAUCAAGGAGGAAACCGGCGACUUAAUUCUAUACUAAAUGGUGUGGGCUGUGGUAUUUCCUUUUCCGUGGGACGGGCUAAAACCGCGCAUGCGCAGAAGAGGCUGCGCAUAAUUUCGGCUGUAAUGGUGAAGUGAAUUCUCUCUGAAUUAAGGGCUGUGGAGGGUUUUAUAUCCACGAACAUCGCCCAAUUUCUAGGUCUGGUUUCUUCCCAGAGCCGCUUAUGUGAACUGGAAUCAAUUUUAACACAUAAAUAUGUGAUCAUUUCCGAUGAAUAUGAAACUACAGAGAGUUUACACUCAACAUUAAAGCGAAUAUGUGAACAAGAAGCAAGCGGGUCAAGUUUUAUUUUCAGUUAUGUGGGACAAUAUCCCUACACAGCGAGCUUUACUGCUUCAAAGCUCGGAAACCGUGUGCAAGGAGAGCUAAACAUCUGUUUAGGCUUUGAUAUCGAACAAGGAUAAACAAUCUAAAACAACGACAGCCUGUAUUUUUCUUUUCUUUUUGUCUUUUCGAGGGACGCUAGCUUAGCUAAAGCUAGCCGAGAGGCGCGAGCGCAAUGAGCUGCUUGAGGCAUCCUGGAAACGACCAGUGAUGCCAUCCUGAAGGACAUAUCGUUAAAAAACCUUUUUGUUAUUGGGUUUAUAUACUCUUGGAUAUAUUUCAACGCGAUUCAGAGAAGCCACGGGACCGGGAAUGACUUGUGGAUAACCUAUGCGCAUUAAAUCGAGUGCGCAUCUUUGUUUCGCUUCACUCCGACUCUUCCGUCUGGCAAGAUUUCACACUUUUACCCAACACUGAGCGAUUUCUGCUGUUCAUGUGCUGUCUUGACCACUUAGGUCCGCGUCUCCGGAGGACAGAGGUAUGCCUGGAUCAGACCGCCUGCAUGGGACCAAGAGGAAGGCUGAAUCGCUCUACCAUCAGCAGCUGCAGGCGGCCGGCGGCGGGGAAGGUCAGCCUUUGCACGCGGGCUCCGGUAGGCAUCCCACCAAGACGACGAGCUCGUCCACUUCUUCCAAGCACAAACGAAACAAGUCCAAACACGAGGCCGAAACCGGCUCCGUGUGCGUUGCCGCUGCGCCUCCAGCAGUGGGCGCCAUCAAGCCUCUGGUGGAGUACGACGACAUCAGCUCCGACUCGGACACGUUCCUUGACUCCCCCGCCACCGGGACAACGGCGGAGGGCAGGGACGCCGAACGCCUAGAGCGGUCGGACUACGGUGAGGCAGGGGCGGGGGUCGCGAAAGAGAACAGGACUCAUAAACACAAGCGCUCCCGGAAGAAGUCCAAAGACCCCCAACGGGCCAGGGAGUCUGCGGAGGGGGCAGAAAGUGGCGGCGGCAAGAAGAGCAGUAAGGACCGGGACAGAGCGUGUAAAGAGAGCCGGAAGAAGGCUAAGGAGAAGACUAGCUCAGCUGCGUGCCUGCUUUCUACAUCAAUACGCUCAGGUGAGUCAGGAAGCAAAAGGUCCGGCGACUCUCUGUCAUCAGGUGCGGUGCAGUCCGCUGUCAGUCUAGGCAGUAGCGCCUCCUCCGCCUCCGCCUCCUCCUCCAUCAGUAAGGAAAGUGGCCGCUCAUCAAAAUCUCGCAAAGACAAGCGGAGGAGCGAGGAGUAUGAGGAGGACCGGAGCCAUCGGAAGCCCGCCAAAAGCCAGAAGUCGAGCCCUAAAGGGAAGGAUCAGUCCAGGAAAAGCGAAGCGGACAGUCCUUCCACUGCGGAACUCGAGAACAGCUACUCCUCCAAGCGCAAAGUUGCGAGCCCGAGUCCGUACCGGGAGCCUCCCAGGCGGAGCAGACAAAGGUCCGAGAGCCCCUAUCGGAGGAGGAGGUCUUCAAGCCCCGAGAAGGAUGGAAGUCCGUAUGAGAGCAGAAAACACUCACCUGGCAGUCCUUACGGCAACCGACGCUCAUCCAGCACCAGUCCAGUGUCCAGGCCUUCUCUUCGUUCUCGGAGCCGUUCUCCUCACUACUCCUCUCGCCGCUCCUCUUCCCGUUCUCGCACUAAGAAACAUUCUUUGUAUUCUGGAGGAGCCAGCAGAGGCUCCUCCCACAGCAGUCGACCAGGCAGCCGCUCCCCUUCGUCUUCACGUUUGCCGAUCACCUCCAGCCUGGGGGCCGAGCUGACGCGAAGAAAGAAGGAACGUCAGGCGGCGGCCGCCAAAAACUCCCCCUCCCUCCAACCCAACACGUCCAACGUCUCAAAUGCGCCGGUGAAAAACACUGAGGCGCCACCACUAGAGACGGCCCCGCCCCCAGAGCCUCAAAGACCGCCAUCUCCCCCUCCGAAUACUGUUGCGGCGGAGGAGCCCACUGUGGUUCCUCCGCCACCUCUCACAUUAUCCAGUCCACCUCCGCUGCCUCUCUCAUCUCCUCCGCCUCUCCCGGCGAACUCUCCUCCUCCUCUUCCUCUCUCAUCCCCCCCACCUCUUCCUCUAAACAGCCCUCCACCUGCUCCUCCACCCUCAGCAACUGCUACGCCUGCUUCUUCUCACACGAAAAGCCCCAAACAGAAACAUACGCAAAGUCCCGCACACCUGAUUAGGACCUCCACACUUCCACCUCUUCCCCUGCCGCCGGUUCUUCUGGGAGACUGCAGAGACAGUCCACUUCGCAGGGCACUUGCGUUAUUUUUAGCUAGAGUUGUGAGGCAAAAAAAAAGGGAAAAGGAAAAAGAAAUCAGGACACGCCUUCUCAGUGAGUUGCCCCUCCCUCCAGUUCUCCAUGGAGGAGACCCCUCCCCUCCACAGUCCCCUGCUCGAGAAUCCCCACUGCUUCUGCAACCAACCUUCAAGAAGAGACCAAAGAUUUGCUGUCCUAGAUAUGGAGAGAGGAAGCAGACUCAAAUUGACUGGGGCAAGCGCUGUGUGGAUAAGUUUGACAUCAUCGGCAUCAUUGGAGAAGGAACCUACGGUCAGGUGUACAAAGCAAAGGACAAAGACACAGGAGAGCUGGUGGCAUUGAAGAAGGUGAGAUUGGAUAACGAAAAGGAGGGUUUCCCCAUCACUGCCAUCAGAGAGAUCAAGAUCCUGAGACAACUCAACCAUCGCAGCGUCGUCAACAUGAAAGAAAUUGUCACUGAUAAACAAGACGCUCUUGACUUCAAAAAGGAUAAAGGUGCAUUUUACCUGGUGUUUGAGUACAUGGACCAUGACCUGAUGGGGCUGUUGGAAUCGGGGCUGGUGUCUUUCUCCCAAGAGCAUGUGCAGAGCUUCAUGCGUCAGCUGAUGGAGGGAUUAGAUUAUUGCCACAAAAAGAACUUUCUACACCGAGACAUCAAGUGCUCUAAUAUCCUGCUAAAUAACAGUGGUCAGAUAAACCUUGCCGAUUUUGGUUUGGCUCGUCUUUAUAACUCUGAGGAAAGUCGGCCGUACACUAAUAAGGUGAUCACACUGUGGUACCGCCCACCUGAGCUGCUACUGGGAGAGGAGAGAUACUCACCUGCUAUUGAUGUCUGGAGUUGCGGGUGUAUUUUGGGAGAACUCUUCACUAAGAAACCAAUUUUCCAGGCCAACCAAGAGCUUCUACAGCUUGAGCUGAUCAGUCGUUUGUGCGGGAGUCCGUGUCCUGCUGCAUGGCCAGAUGUAAUUAAGCUGCCGUACUUUAAUACCAUGAGACCCAAGAAACAAUACAGACGACGCUUACGGGAGGAAUUCGCUUUUCUGCCCACCUUUGCUCUUGACCUGCUGGACCACAUGUUGACGCUGGACCCCUCGAGGCGCUGCACAGCCGAACAGGCCCUGGCGAGCCAGUUUCUGUGUGACGUGGAGCCCAACAAGAUGCCGCCACCUGAUUUGCCUCAUUGGCAAGACUGUCAUGAGCUUUGGAGCAAGAAGCGGCGGCGGCAGAGACAAAGCGGAGUGCCUGAGGAUUUCCCUGAUUGCCCUGUUGCCAAAGUUCCCCGAAAGGAACCCGCAGGACCUUCAGGAGGGGAGAACAGCCGCCCGCCGCCGAGUCCACCCCCACCACCCUCAUCUGCCCAUCCCGCCCCGGCAAACAUCACAGCCAGUGAGCUGGAAGGUUUGGGAGCCGCAGCAGAGCAGUUGAACCAGACCGAGCUGGCAGUGCUGCUGAACCUGCUGCAGGGUCAAACAGACAAUCUAAGCAUCCCGCAGAUGGCGGAGUAUCUCCGCAGCUCGUCCUCUGAAGCCUCCACGUCAGUGCUCUCCAGAACGCCCGCCGCCCUCUCCACCCCUGAACCGGACGCAGCGCCGCAGCUCGAACUGCUUAGUCAUCUCUCCACCUUAAUCCAGUCCUCUAGCAUCCCGCAGCCGGCAGAACUCCCGCAGGAAGACCAGGCCGGCCUGCUCACGCUCCUGUUGGAGCAGCUGAUAAAGGCCCCGGCGCCGGGGGCGGAGCAGGCAGAUGAAAGCAACGGAGUCCGGCCGGAUGAGGGUACGGCACGAGGCGGCUCCGCUUCUGUCAUGGGCAGCGAUCGCGAGGAAUCUGCAUUAGUAAAUCCAGAGGCAACAGGCUCGAAGUCUGCAAAACACACUCACGACAUUACAUCAGAUGUAGCUACGACCCUGCUUCAGCUCAUCUCCCAGCAGGCCUCAGAGAGCAGACAUCCCGCUACAGACCUGCGCCCUGGACGGGGACCCUCCUCUCCCCCGAGCGCCACCCCACCACCGGCUUCCUCUUACGCCCCCACUUAA